CGUCAACUACUUUAAUUACAUUCAUUUCACUUCUCCUAUAGUAUUUGCUUCGAGAAUAGAAGUCUUACUUUGUUUGAAUUGAUUGGUUUUUUUUUUUUCCUAUUUAUUUUUAAUUCGUUUCUUCGCUUUUUCUUUUUCGUUUUAUCUAUAAAAUUUCAAUUUUUUUAUUCGUUGAAAAACACAUAAAAUAGAGACAGUAUGGUUAAAGAAGAAGAAGAGAGAGAGAUCCGUGAUGAUGUUUCUGAAAAUCCAUCAGAAGGUGAAGGUGACGAUGCAUCAGAAGACUCCUCUGAAGAAGAAGACGAUGAAAAUGAUGAAGAAGCCAUACAGAAAGUUCGUGAAGGCUUCAUCGUAGAUGAUGACGAAGAUGACGUGGAUGGCAAGAAAAAAAAGAGAAAACAUAAAAAGAGAAAGAGAGAUAAAGAACGUACCCAAGAUGGCGAGCAUGAUGAUGCUUUGGAUGAAGAUGAUUUAGAAUUAUUAUUGGAAAAUUCUGGUGCCAGACCGGCUUCAAAAUCAAAGGGUAAAUUCAAGCGUCUUAAAAGAGCUCAUGUUGAAGAUGAAGAUAAUGACGUCGAAGAAACUGGGCAAAGCAGAAGUAAAAGAAAAGAAGGUUUAACUGAUAUUUUUUCAGAUGAAGAUAAUGAUGAAGAUGAAGGUGAUGCUGAAGAAGCUUCAAGAGAAGACCCUGGCAGAAAUAUUUUAGAUGAGUUUGAAGAUUUCAUCGAAGAUGAUGAAUUUUCUGACGAUAAUGAAGGUCGUCAACAAAAAGAAGUGCAGCGUAGAGAAAGAGCCAAGAAGACUGGUCCAAGAUUAGAUACUUCAAAAUUAUCAACUGUCGAUAGAGAAAGUUUGCAACAGUUAUACGAAGUCUUUGGUAAUGGUGGUGAAUAUGAAUGGGCUUUGGAAGCUCAAGAAAUUGAAGAUGAAGGUAAUGGUGAAUUAGAACCUACUGCUUUAGAUGAAGUUUUCGAAUAUUCAGAAUUGAAGGAACGUAUGCUAACAGAAGAAGAUAAUUUAAUUCGUAUCAUUGAUAUUCCAGAGAGAUUUCAAAAAUAUCGUGCGAAUCUCAAUUAUAUUGAUUUAGAAGGUGAUGAAUUAAUAAGGGAGCAAGAAUGGAUCAGUAAUAUACUUUUUAAAGAGAAAAAGAGUUCCUUCGAUGGUAUAUUAGAACAACCUUUUAAAGAAGCAGUUGCAAAAGUAGUGGAAUUCGUCUCAAAAGAUGCUUAUGAGGUUCCUUUCAUUUGGGCUCAUCGUCGUGAUUUCCUCUUAUUUUCCGAAAAUAUUAAUAACCCGGAUGGAACAACUAGUAAUUACGUUCACAAACUUUUAUUUGAAGAUGACUUAUGGCGUAUAGUGCAUUUGGAUAUAGAGUAUCACUCUUUAUAUGAAAAGAGAUUGAAUACUGAAAAAUUGAUUGAACAAUUGCAGUUAGACGAUGAUUUGGUUAAAGACGUGAAAUAUUUGGACUCAAUGGUUGCUAUCCAAGAUUUACACGAUUACUUGAGCUUCAAUUACUCGGCUCAAAUUAAAGAACUUUCUAAUAAGGCUUCCAAUGAGGAAGAUGACGAAGAGAACAAGUCAGGUAGAAAGCAUCAUAAAUUUGCUAUUUUUGAAAGGUUGAGAGAAAAUAUUUUAUAUGAUGUUGUGAAAGCCUACGGUAUUACUGCUAAGGAAUUUGGUGAAAAUGUUCAAGAUCAAAGUUCUAAGAAUUUUGAUGUUCCUUACAGAAUCCAUGCUACUGACGACCCUCUUGAAUCUCCUGAUGACUUAAUAGAAAAAUUCAUUGAAGAUGAUGAAAUAUUAUUUAAAGACCCAAAGAAUGCUUUGAAUGCAGUCAGAAAGACUUUUUCUGAAGAAAUUUUCCACAAUCCAAAAAUCAGACAUGAAGUAAGACAAACAUACAACAACUAUGUGUCGAUCAGUGUCGCUUUAACGGAAAAGGGAAGAAGUUCUAUUGAAAACCAUAGUCCAUAUGCUGAUAUUAAAUAUGCUAUUGAUCGUUCUCCAUCGGACUUGGUUCGUCAACCUGAUAUCUUAUUAAGAAUGCUUGAGGCUGAAUCUUUAGGUUUAAUCGUCAUCAAAGUUCAAACUAAAGACUACGAAAGCUGGUAUCAAUCUAUCUUUAAUUGUUUAAAAUCUGAUGGAUCGUCUGAAAUAUCAGAACAAUGGAAUAAAGAAAGAGAACUUGCUUUAAACAUGGCUUUCAAAAGAUUAACCAGUAUGGUUGCUUUAAACACAAAAGAAGCAUUACGUCGUGAAUGUGAACGUUUGAUUACAAGUGAUGUUCGCAGAGGAUUCAAUGCUAAAGUGAAUCAAGCUGCUUUCACUCCAAUUGGAUACGAUAAAGGAACUAAACCAAAUGUUUUUGCUUUGUCCAUUGGUAAAGGUGAUUUUGAUAACGCAGUAGUUGGUAUUUUUAUCAAAGAAAAUGGAAAGGUCUCAGACUCAUUUAAGUCUGAAAGUAAUCCUAUUAGAGAUCGUGAAAGUGAAGAAAGCUUUAUGGGUCAACUUACAGAAUUUUUUGACAAAAAAUUUCGUAGUUAUAGACCAGAUGUCAUUGUGGUUUCAGGUUUAAAUGCUACUGCUAAAAAACUAUUCGAUGUUAUAACAAACUUCGUUUCCAGAAAUAAAAUCACUAUAAAUACUGAUGAAUUGCGAGAUGCUGCUUCUUUUGCGGAUGUCUUAGUUCCAGUAAUUUGGGGUCAAGAUGAAACUGCAAGAUUAUUCCAAAACUCAGAAAGAGCUACCGUCGAACUUUCCGAUAAACCACCUUUAGUAAAAUAUUGUGUGGGAUUAGCAAGAUAUGUUCAAAGUCCUUUAUUGGAGUAUGUCUCUUUGGGAGAUGAUGUAUUAUCAUUGUCCUUUUAUGAACACCAAAAAUUACUUCCUACUGACUUGAUUCAGAAUGCUUUAGAGUCUGUUUUUGUUGAUGUUGUUAAUAUGGUAGGUGUGGAAAUUAAUGAAGCUCUUCGUAACCCUUAUGUUGCUCAGUUGUUGCAAUAUGUUGCUGGUUUAGGACCUCGUAAAGCUUCUGGUCUUUUAAGAAAUAUUAACUCCAAGCUAGGAACCUUAUCUAAUAGAAGUGAUCUUAUUGAAAAUGAACUUUCGACUGCUAAUAUAUUUAUAAAUUGUUCUUCCUUUUUGAAUCUUACAUAUGACGAAAGCUUAUCAUUAAGAGAUGGCGGAAUGGAGAUUUUAGACUCAACCAGAAUCCAUCCUGAAGAUUAUGAUUUGGCUAGAAAAAUGGCCGCAGAUGCUCUUGAUUUUGAUGAAGAAGACAUGGCACACAUAGAAGAACAAGGUGGUAUCAUCUAUCAAUUAAUUCAAGAAGGUGUUAAUAAGGUGGAUGAUUUGAAUUUGACUGCUUAUGGUAAAGAGCUUGAAUCCAAAUUUGGCAAACGUAAAUAUGCUACUUUACAAAGUAUAAAAGAAGAACUUGUGAAUAAUUUCGAAGAAUUAAGAAGAUCAUUUCAUAUUUUAGAUAGCGCUGAAGUAUUUCAAAUGUUAACUGGAGAAACACCAGAAACUUUUGGCAGAGGAAUCAUAGUUCCGGUGACUGUUAACAAAGUCGGUAAAAACUUCCGUGAUCAAGACUCCCAGAUACGAUAUUUGAGAGUCACUACAUCGUCCUUGGUCACUGGUGUUGUCGAAGAAAAUUUUAUCCCUCGUAAAGCUGAUUAUUUACAAGGCCUGGUCGUCCAAGCUGUCAUUCUUGAUGCAUUUUAUGAUUCAUUUUCAGCCACCUUCAGUUUAUUAGACACUGAUAUUAAGAGGGCAUCUGCUCCAAAAUUCCGUAAAGAUCCGUUGAAAUGGGACUUUGAAGCCGAAGAAGCUGAUAGACAAAGAGAAAUCGCUAAAGAGAGAGCUAAGCUAGCCAAAACAAGAAAUAUUCAACAUCCUUUGUUCCACAACUUUUCCCAUAAACAAGCAGAAGAAUUUUUGGCCCCACAAUCAGUUGGUGAUUGUGUACUUCGUCCUUCAUCAAAGGGUCCUGAGUAUUUAUCAGUUACUUGGAAGGUUGCCAACAAUCUUUUCCAACAUCUUAGUAUUCAUGAAUCAUCAGGUAGCAUGGGUAAGAAAUAUACAGUUGAACGUCAAGUCUAUGCUGAUUUGGAUCAAUUGAUUUUCCAACAUGUUCAAGCCAUUGCCAAGCACGUCAAUGAAAUGUGUCGUCACCCCAAAUUCCGUGAAGGUACAUUAUCAGAAGUUAAUGAGUGGUUAGAAUCAUAUACCAAAGCUAAUCCUAAAAACAGUGCCUACGUCUUUUGUUACGAUCAUAAAGCACCAGGUUGGUUUUUAUUAUUAUUUAAAGUAAAUGUUAAUACUCCAAUUGUUACAUGGCAUGUCAAGACUGAACGUGAUGGUUACAGAUUGAAAGGGUUCUCUUAUCCUAAUAUGCUUCGAUUAUGUAAUGGGUUCAAGCAAACUUUCAAGAGCCAUCUUAAAGACAGUUCUAGAUCAUCAAGAAUGCCACCUCAACCUCAAGUUAGCUCCUAUGAGUCAUAUGGCUACUGAGCUAAGUUUAUUUUUUAGAAAAGCAAAUGAACAUUACAAACUUUGGUUGGUUUUCAAAAAUUCUGUAUAUUUUAGUCAUUUUCAUCUUUUUUUCAUUAAAAAAAAAAACUGAAGUACUUCAU